CCACCCCCCCACACACACCCCACACACCUACACACUAUGGACUUUCUGCAAGUCCACUUUGUCGACGGCUCGCACAAGACCUUGCGUGUCGAGCCAGAGACCACCGUGGCAGAGCUGGUCGCCGCCACCGCAGACAAGCUAGACCUCCGCGCCACGCACCUGUUCGCCUUCUGGGCUGUCUCGCCCGUCCUCGAGCUCUGCCUCUCGCCCGACGAGACCAUCGCCACCGUCCGCGACUCGUGGCUCGACACAGAGCGCAAGUACCUCGGCAAGCCGCGCAAGAUCAAGGACCCCGACGAGCCCAUCGUCUCGUUUGUCUUCAAGCGCCAACGCCUCAUCCCAAAGGCCGCAGAGAAGUCGGUCGACGAUCCCACAGCCAUCCAUCUCCUCUACCGCCAGGGCAUCUACGAGGUCGUCAACUCCAUCACCGUCACCUCGGUCCGCGAGACCAUCAAGCUUGCAGGCAUGCAGAUGCAGGCCGACUUUGGCGACCACAACGAGGCCACUCACACCCCGGGCUUCCUCACCUCGCGCCUCCCGGCCUUUAUCCCGCGCCACCUGCUCGAGGACAAAAAGCUGAAGAAGCGCAACUGGGAGCUCGACGUUCUUGAGGCCCACAAGGCCUUUGCUGGCCAGGACCGCACUCAGAUCAAGCUCGACUACCUCGCCAUCGUCCGCAAGUUUCCCUCGUACGGCUCCUCCUACUUUCCCGUCGACAUCAAGAAGGCCAAGCGUGCUCCUGUCAAGCUCCCCAAGCACGACGUCCUGCUCGGCGUCAACGAGGCCGGCGUCCACUUGCACAACAAGAAGCAGCACAAAGACUCGGUCUUCAUCGGCCUCCGCGAGCUCGCCUCCUGGGACUCGACAGACACCCUCCUCACUAUCAACGUCAAGCCGGCCUCCUCCGCAGGCGCACGCGCCAAGAAGGACUCGGGCCCUCUUUACAUCCUCACCACACGCCAGGCUCCGCUCAUCGACUCGCUCCUCACAACCGCCACAGACAGAUACAACAACGCCGUCGCAAGCUACCUCGACGGCGGCUCAAAGCCCAAGACCAAGCACCCCGACUCCGACUCUGACUCCAACUCCAAGCAGCAGCCUCUGCCCGCAGACCUCCCUGCCGCAUCCACCGCUGCCACCGCUGCCACCGCUGCCACCGCUGCCACCGCUGCCACCGCUGCUGCCGUUGACCCCGAGCCGGCACACGACCUCGACGCUGCCGCUCAAAACCCAGUCUCGCCGGCUCCUACUCCCGCUGCCGCUGCAUCUGCCUCCCAAGACGAACGCGCCGCAAAGAUUGCCCAGCUCAACGCCCUCUGCGACUCGAUGGCAGGUUCCAUCCUCGACGAGCUCGACGGCUGGUAGCUCUCCGCUCACGUAAACGCCUGAAACUGCA